AUGAUGAACGGUGUGAAAAGUGAUACGGGAAUUUCCGUCAACCUCGCGAACGGGGAAAAAGAAAAUGAUAAAGGAAGUAAAGUUAAUGGACAGAAAUCCUGUCUGUGUGUUGAUAAAGUUACAGUCAAAAUGAAUGGAUCAAGUACAUUCGUUGAAAAAGAAAGUAUUACCAAGAAUUGUAAAAAACCAGGACCGCUGAGAAAUGUUACUUGGAGUGAAAAUGUUGACGAAACUGAUUUGGAGGUACCAGGAACACCGAGAACUCCCAGGACCUCAAAGACUCCAGGCCAUGAAAAGUGUACAUUUCAUCACGACUUGGAGCUAGAUCACCGUCCUCCAACAAAAGAAGCACUAUUACCCGAGAUGUCGAAAAGUUACAGACGUUUAUUGAGAUCACUAGGUGAAGAUCCAGAUCGACAAGGACUUUUAAAAACGCCGGAGCGUGCUGCUAAAGCGAUGUUGUUUUUCACCAAAGGCUACGAUCAAAGUCUCGAAGAUAUUAUAAAUGAUGCAGUUUUUGAUGAAGAUCAUGACGAAAUGGUUGUCGUUAAAGACAUUGAAAUGUUUUCAAUGUGCGAGCAUCAUCUAGUACCAUUCUACGGAAAAGUAUCAAUUGGAUAUUUACCAUGCAAGAAAAUUCUUGGAUUAAGUAAAUUAGCUAGGAUCGUCGAAAUUUUCAGUCGAAGACUUCAAGUGCAGGAGCGCUUAACAAAACAGAUCGCUAUUGCUGUUACUAAAGCUGUUGAACCUGCGGGUGUUGCUGUCGUUGUUGAAGGAGUGCAUAUGUGCAUGGUAAUGCGAGGAGUUCAAAAAAUAAACAGCAAGACAGUGACUUCAACUAUGCUUGGAGUUUUUCGAGAUGAUCCAAAAACACGGGAAGAAUUUUUGAACCUUGUUCACUCAAAAUAA